AUGAGUCAGGACAUGACUUGCUCCGCGCGUCAGCGAGUGUUUCAGGAAGCGCUUAGGAAGGGCAACACCAAGGAACUUCAUUCCCUCUUGCAAAACAUGACAAACUGCGAAUUUAACGUGAACUCGUUCGGACCCGAGGGACAGACGGCGCUGCACCAGUCCGUGAUCGACGGCAACUUGGAGUUAGUGAAGCUGCUCGUGAAGUUCGGCGCGGACAUCCGCCUGGCCAACAGAGACGGAUGGAGCGCGCUGCACAUAGCGGCCUUUGGUGGACACCAGGACAUCGUCCUUUACCUCGUGACGCGGGCGAAAUACUCCUCGAGCGCAAUCUGA